AUGGCACCCGAGGCCCCCAAGGGCAUGGUCGACCUUCUCCCCGCCCAGAAGAAGAAGGGAGCGAAGAACGCCGCGCCCGCCAAUGGCGCAUCGCCCAUUCCCAACUGGCCCCCGGAGGCCCUGAGGGAGCAGGGCAACGAGCUGUUCCGCAGGGGCGACUACGGCGCCGCCGCCGCUCGCUACGCCGAGGCGCUCAAGGUCAAGGCCGACGACGCGAUGACCCUCGCCAACCGCGCCGAGUGCUACCUCCGCGUCCGCCAGUUCCACCUCGCCCUCGUCGACGCCGACGCCGCGCUCGCGGCCGAUCCGUCGCACCACAAGGCUCUGUACAAGCGCGCCAUGGCGCUCAACGGCCUCGGGCGGUACCCCGACGCCAUCAAAACCCUCAAGCAGCUCCUGGACAAGGAACCCGAGGAUCCCGCCGCCCUCAACGCCCUCGCCGAGUGCGAGCUCCUCCAGUCCCAGGCGUUCGCGGGUGAUUACCACAUGCCCUCGCUCCUGUUCGGCCGAUCGGCGACGUCGUUUCGCCGGUGCGCCGACUACGUCGGACCGGUCAAGAUCGUCGGGGACCGCCCGUUCGGCCGCGGCGUCGUCACCACGCGCGCCAUGCGCGCCGGCGAGCUCAUCUGCGUCGCGUCGCCCCUGGCGGUGGCGCCGCUCACCGCGGGCGCCGAGGCUGCGCUCAUGGGCGGCCUCGUCGGCGCGGCGUCGCGUAACCCGCAGGACCUGUCCGUGAUCCUCGCGCUCCCGUCCGGCGCGAACGACGACGCAGAUGCCGGCAAAGUUCCGCCCAUAGACGUGGCCAAGUUCCGGAGGCACCUGAGCAAGGGCGACGAGGUUCUCCCCGAGCUCCCGCCGCAGGAGGUUUUCGCGAGGCUCGCGGCGAACGUCGUCAAGACAUCCGCCGUUCGCAACGCCAACUCCGUGGGCGUCUACCCGUUCCCCUCCUUUCUCAACCACAGCUGCGCGCCCAACGCGUGCAAGCUGAUGGUGGGACACACCAUGUUCAUCCGCGCGGCGCGUGACCUCGUCGCGGGCGAGGAGGUGUUCAUGAAGUACUUUGACGUCACGAUGCCCAAGCCGGAGCGCUCGGCGGUGGCCAAGCGUUGGGGGUUCGAAUGCGCGUGCCCCCGGUGCAAGCUCGAGGCUGUGGGCGAGGACGAGGCCGCCGCGGCCACCGAGAGGGCGUCCAAGCAGGCGAAAGCCGCGAAGGACGCCGCCGUCGCGGACCCCGCGAACAAGAAAAAGGGUGGGGACAAGGACGGCGAGAAGGCGGCUGCGAGAGCCGCCGCGGAGUCGCUCGGCGCGGAGGACACCGGGUCCGUGGCCAUGCUAAUCGCGCAGCUCCGCGCCAAGGCGAAGGAGCUCCACGGCGACAUCUCCCGCCAGAUGGCCGAGUACAAGCGAACCAAGGGCAAGUCCGCGGCGCCGGAUCCCAACCACCUGGUGGAGCUCACGGUCUGGUUCGAGGCCCAGAUGGACGCGCUCGGCCUGAGCGAGACGCAGAAGGCGUGGGCGAGGACCUCGGUCAUCCAGGUGUACUCGAACGUUCAGCUGUGCCUGAACGCGGCGGGGCAGCUGGAGGCCCGCGCGGAGAUGCUGGGAAAGGUGGCGGCCACGCUGAACGCCACGGACCCGUGCAGCUACGACCACGUGAAGCAGACGGCGAUCAAGGUUAUCCACCAGAGGGUCGCCGCGGGUGGCGCCGGGAAGGACAAGAUCAUCGCGGCGGCGGAGGCUGAGGCGGCGGCGGUGCACUCUCUGAGGUACGGGUGCGGCGGCGGGAGUGACGAGGAGGAGAAGGAGCUCAUGGCCGAGAUGAUCAAGAUCACCGGCCACGCCGUGGAGGAGGGUGCCCAGGAGUUCUGCGAGGCGUGAGCGGGCGGGUACCGCCGAGUGUUUUAGUCUUGUCUUAAUUUUUGUACUCUCGCUUCCCGAACC